CAGGACCCGUCUCCCGCCGCCGCUGGGACCCCGUGUCAUCGCCCGGCCCGAGCACGAUGCCCCCCAAAAAGGGAGGUGAUGGAAUUAAACCACCCCCAAUCAUUGGAAGAUUUGGAACCUCCUUGAAAAUUGGUAUUGUUGGAUUGCCAAAUGUUGGGAAAUCUACCUUCUUCAACGUAUUAACCAACAGUCAGGCUUCAGCAGAAAACUUCCCAUUCUGCACAAUUGAUCCUAAUGAGAGCAGAGUACCUGUGCCAGAUGAAAGGUUUGACUUUCUUUGCCAGUACCACAAACCAGCAAGCAAAAUUCCUGCCUUUCUAAAUGUGGUGGAUAUUGCUGGUCUUGUGAAAGGAGCUCACAAUGGUCAAGGCCUGGGAAAUGCUUUUUUAUCUCAUAUCAGUGCCUGUGAUGGAAUCUUUCAUCUAACACGUGCUUUUGAAGAUGAUGAUAUCACGCAUGUUGAAGGAAGUGUAGAUCCUAUUCGAGAUAUAGAAAUAAUACACGAAGAGCUUCAGCUUAAAGAUGAGGAAAUGAUUGGGCCCAUUAUAGAUAAACUAGAAAAAGUGGCUGUGAGAGGAGGAGAUAAAAAAUUAAAACCUGAAUAUGAUAUAAUGUGCAAAGUCAAAUCCUGGGUUAUAGAUCAAAAGAAACCUGUUCGCUUCUAUCAUGAUUGGAACGACAAAGAGAUCGAAGUGUUGAAUAAACACUUAUUUCUGACUUCAAAACCAAUGGUCUACUUGGUUAAUCUUUCUGAAAAAGACUACAUUAGAAAGAAAAACAAAUGGUUGAUAAAAAUUAAAGAGUGGGUGGACAAGUAUGACCCAGGUGCCUUGGUCAUUCCUUUUAGUGGGGCCUUGGAACUCAAGUUGCAAGAAUUGAGUGCUGAGGAGAGACAGAAGUAUCUGGAAGCGAACAUGACACAAAGCGCUUUGCCAAAGAUCAUUAAGGCUGGGUUUGCAGCACUCCAACUAGAAUACUUUUUCACUGCAGGCCCAGAUGAAGUACGUGCAUGGACCAUCAGGAAAGGGACGAAGGCUCCUCAGGCUGCAGGAAAGAUUCACACAGAUUUUGAAAAAGGAUUCAUUAUGGCUGAAGUAAUGAAAUACGAAGAUUUUAAAGAGGAAGGUUCUGAAAAUGCAGUCAAGGCUGCUGGAAAGUACAGACAACAAGGCAGAAAUUAUAUUGUUGAAGAUGGAGAUAUUAUCUUCUUCAAAUUUAAUACACCCCAGCAACCGAAGAAGAAAUAAAUUUUAGCUAUUCGGAUAAAUGUACAACUUCCUAAAAGGGAUAUGAUUUUUUUAAAUUAAAAUUUCUGAAAACUGAGGGACAAAUAAAGUUAGGGGAUGGGAAUCUUCUAAAAACAGAA